CGCCGCGGCUGAGGGGGGCGGGGGGGAGCCGCUGCCCUGGGGUGGUCCCGUCCCCGUCCCCGUCCCCGUCCCCGUCCCCGUACCCCCGGCUGGGCCCUGCAAGUCACGGCCCUGGGGCUCUUUGUGUCUGCUGCGAGGCAGCGCUGGGCUUCCUCGCGCUGCUGGGGGUCUGCCCUCGGGGGCGUCACGUCACGGGGAGCUCCGCGGUUCGGUGCUGACAGGAAGAUUUCCACCUCGAGAUCUGUGUUCUCGUGCUGAUUUUCCGAUGAAGUACAUCCUGGUAACUGGUGGUGUCAUCUCAGGCAUUGGCAAAGGGAUCAUCGCAAGCAGCAUUGGCACCAUACUGAAAUCAUGUGGUCUGCGUGUCACGGCAAUCAAAAUCGAUCCGUACAUAAACAUAGAUGCUGGAACAUUUUCACCAUAUGAGCAUGGUGAAGUUUUUGUACUGAAUGAUGGUGGAGAAGUUGACUUAGAUUUAGGAAAUUAUGAGAGAUUCUUGGACAUUAAUCUCUAUAAAGAUAACAAUAUCACCACUGGAAAGAUAUAUCAGCAUGUUAUCAAUAAGGAAAGACAUGGUGAUUACCUGGGAAAGACUGUUCAAGUUGUUCCACACAUCACUGAUGCAGUUCAAGAAUGGGUAAUGAAUCAGGCAAAAGUUCCUGUGGAUGAUGACAGAAAAGAGCCACAAAUCUGUGUAAUUGAGCUGGGUGGAACUAUUGGAGACAUUGAAGGAAUGCCAUUUGUUGAAGCAUUUAGACAGUUCCAGUUCAAAGCAAAAAGGGAGAACUUCUGUAACAUCCAUGUCAGUCUAGUACCACAGCCUAAUGCCACUGGUGAACAGAAGACAAAACCAACACAGAACAGUGUUCGAGCACUGAGGGGUCUAGGCUUGUCUCCAGAUUUGAUUGUCUGCAGAAGUGCAAAACCUAUAGAAAUGGCAGUGAAGGAAAAGAUCUCAAUGUUCUGCCACGUGGAGCCUGAGCAGGUGAUAUUUAUCCAUGAUGUUUCUUCCACUUACCGAGUACCAAUUCUGUUGGAGGAGCAAGGCAUUAUUAAGUAUUUUAAACAGAGGUUAAAUUUACCCAUUGAUGACCGACCAAGUGAUCUUCUAAUGAAAUGGAGGAAAAUGGCUGACAGGUAUGAAAGGUUGCUGAAGGUGUGUUCCAUAGCUCUCGUUGGCAAGUACACAAAACUAAGUGAUUGCUAUGCAUCUGUUUUCAAGGCUCUGGAACACUCUGCGCUGGCAAUUAAUCACAAACUGGAUUUAAUGUACAUAGAUUCAACAGAACUUGAACGUUCUACAGAAGUGGAGAACUCAGUGAAAUAUCACCAGGCAUGGCACAAGCUAUGCAAAGCAGAUGGCAUUCUUGUCCCAGGAGGGUUUGGAAUUAGAGGAACAGAAGGCAAACUCCAAGCUAUCUCCUGGGCAAGAACAAAGAAAAAACCUUUCCUCGGAGUUUGCCUGGGAAUGCAAUUAGCAGUUGUGGAAUUUGCAAGAAACUGUUUAAAUUGGAAAGAUGCAAAUUCUACAGAAUUUGACCCAGACACAAAAAACCCUGUUGUCAUUGACAUGCCAGAACACAAUCCUGGAGAUAUGGGUGGAACCAUGAGACUGGGGAAGAGGAGGACUGUUUUCAAAACACAAAAUUCUAUUUUAAGGAAACUUUAUGGCGAUGAAAUGUUUGUAGAGGAGCGACACAGGCAUCGAUAUGAGGUGAACCCCGAACUGACGCACAGCUUUGAAGAGAAAGGUUUGAAAUUUGUUGGCCAUGAUACAGAAGGGAACAGAAUGGAAAUUAUUGAGUUGGAGAACCACCCGUAUUUUGUGGGAGUUCAGUUCCACCCAGAGUUUUCCUCAAGACCUAUGAAACCUUCACCUCCAUACCUUGGACUGUUACUUGCAGCAACUGGAACACUCAAUGCAUACCUGCAACGUGGUUGUAAAUUGUCUCCAAGUGACAGCUACAGUGACCUCAGUGAUGACAGCUCUCCAGAGAAAGAGUUUCCUAAUUCAGAAACAAGCUGAAAUGGUUGUAUGAGAACACAGAAAUGGACGAUGCUAUUGAGAAAGUUGGAAAUGGGGCAAUACUGAAUAGAAGAAAGUGGAAGACUAAGCUGCUUGUGCUCCUUAUUAUGAGAAUACAGUAACUCCUCACUAUUUUCAAUUAUUCUCUUUACAGAAAACGGUUCUUCUGUCCUUUAGCAAAAUCUGUUUGUAUAAACGCUGUUUCUCUUUAAAAAUGACAUAAAUGGUUGUGCACCUUGGCUGUUAAUCAUUAUUGAUCUUGUCCUAUAUUUCAGAAUGAUCUCAGGUGAAUAUGCAUUAUUUCACCAGUUCACAGUCAUUCUUGCUUUGAAGGAAGGUUUGAUUGUUUUCAUUUCACCUUAGAACAGUAAGAUGAAAUACAUUUGUCUUUGUCAAUGAGGAGGGAAUGCAUGAAAAAUUUAAGGGGCAGUUGUCUUGUCCAUGAGCAGUAGAGAACGGUUUUGGGUUUGUUUCCCUGUUAAGCUUGUUGUAUGUAUGUGUAUAUAUUUUUUAUUUCUUUUUUUUUUUUGCUGUUCAAUAUGUACAAAUGAGAAAUUGUUUUUGUAUUUCAGCUGUCUGUGAUUAUAAUAAUUGAUGUUGGAUAUGCAUGUCUUUUCUCUUGGCUUUUAUAUGUGAUUCCAUUUGACAAAAAUUCGAGUUUGUUUGCUCUGUUUCCCCUGAAAGUCUGAUAACAUUGAACCUACCAAGUUACAGAAGUGAUAUUAGAAGGCGUUUUUGUAUUCAUAUUUUGUAAGAGAGAAAGUAAAUGCACUCAUAUUUUAAAAUGCAAGCUGUAUGCUUGCACGAAAGUUGUAGAAGAACCAGUCAUAAAUGUGGAGCAUAAUCUGGGAUCCAGUUGUAUAACACUCAUUUAAUUUCAACAAUUGAGUAUAACACUGAAUUAAAGUUCACCCUUGUUUUCCCUCAUCCAGUGACCACACCAUGGUGAUGGGACUCACUUGCAGUAGGACAAAACAGUGUAUUUAAAUUUAGAAAUCACAAGUUACUUCAUUGUGUGACAAGUGCAGGCUGCUCUUGCAAAGCCAGGACAAUAGCCUGAAUCACUGAGACAGAAAGGGAAGGUGAGAGGUGAGGUACUGUGUGCAAGGCUGGAUCCCAUUAGCACAGUGGCAUCAGUAGAGCUGUCAGAGGAGAUGGACCUGAGCUAUGUAAUUGAUAGGCCCCAAAUGCUUGAGGCACCCCUUCCUAUAAAGAAAUCAUUUUAAUUGUUAGCUUUAUGUUUCACUAUGAUUUUGGGGAAAGUGGCUUUUUUUAGUUGAUCAAAAGGUAAAUAUCUGUACGAAAACAAAAAGCACCAUGUCCCUUUUACAGUUUUGUAAAACAGUAAGUUUGAGAGCUUUGUAUUGCUUUAUGAAAUCUCAGGUUACUCAAACAAUAUAUCUCUUCACUAACGAAGCUUUAAUGGUAAUGAAAUAAAAAGUGUUCCUAUGGAAGUGGUUGUUUUAAAGUGUUUUGCAAAUAUGUGCCUUACAAAUAGCAGGUAUUGUCAGAAUUGGUAUCACUGUAUGUCUUUCCCAAUGAGAGACUGGCUACUGGCUUGUGAAAAGCAAAACAUUUCCUAACUCUAUCUGUAAUGUUCAAAUGUAUUUUCAAAUAUAUUUAAUGGUGUUAUUCAGAAGUGUUUAGAUGCUGUCUUAAAGAAUCUUGGUGCCAGUUGUGAGCUGUGGUGUCAGAGAGGGAAUUUUUCAGUCUGUCAUUUCCAGUUGUAUUGUCUGUGAUGUGGCCACAUCUGUUUGGUCUGUAUGUUCCUGGUUCAUCAAGAUGAAACAGUAGGAGUUAAAUGUCCUAGGAAACUGCUAAAGUUGGUUUUAUGUAGCUGUGUUACAGAGAAGUUGCGAUUUAUUCCCCCAAAAAAUGAGGGAGAAAAAGAAACACAACAUGGAAUGAAGCUGGAAACAGCACCUUAAUCUUCCAGUGCCCUUCCCAAACCUCUUCCUGCUAACUAUUCUACACAAAAGACUGUCCUGGAGAUAGACACAUCACUGCCACAGGGUAUCUAUCUCCCACUUGAGCUGGUAGAGGCAGCACAUGCCAUUUCCAAAACUGAAGAAGGCAAACAGGCCUUUUCCAGCCAACUCUGGGCUACAUUAGGAAGAGUGUUGCCUUCAGAUUGAAGAAGGUUUUCUCUCUUCUCUACUCAGUGCUGUUAAAGCCACGCUUGGGGUAGUGUGUCCAGUACUGGGAAGCCCAGUACAAGAGGAAACAUGAGCAUACUGGAGAGAGUCCAGUGAAAGACCACAAAGAUGAAUAAGGGACUGGAGCAUCUCUCCUGUGAGGAAAGGCUGAGAAAGCUGGGAUUGUUCAGCCUGGAGAAGAGAAGAUGCGGGGGAACUUGGCAAUGUAUACAAAAACACCUGAAGGGAAGGUACAAAGAAGAUGGAACCAGACUCUUUUGAGUGGUGCCCAGUGCCAGGACAAAAGGCAGUGGGCAGAAACUGGAGCACAGGGGCCUCCCUGUCAACACCAGGCAGCACUUCUAUGCUGUGUGGCUGACGGAGCACUGGCACAGGAUGCCCGGAGAGGUCGCGGAGUCUCCUCCUUGGAGAUCACCAAAAGCCACCUGGCGAUGAGCCUGGGCAGCCUGCUCUGGGUUUCCCUGCUCAGGUAGGGGGGUUGGACCAGACAACUUCCAGAGGUCCAUUUCAGCCUCAGCCAUUCUGUGAAAAGGAGUAUUGUUGACACAAGCAGCCUAUUGCUAAGCUUCACUAGCUAAAGAGAGAAGAGAAUGUGAAAAGCCAAAAGUUUUACACACAAUCGUAAGUGUGAAGAAAUAAUUCUUAAGCAUGGGCAGAGGGCAAAAUUUGAAGGUUGAAUAUUAUCCCUUUGAAACAAAAUGUUUGUGAAGUAUGCUUUUGUGUAUUUUCAGACCUCUCAUCCUGUUCCAAUAAGGAUCUCCAGUGGAAAUAUAUUCCUUUCCUGGUGUUAUAUAUAUAGCGGAGAGCAGUAUUUUGUUAGCACUGACAGGACAAGAAAGCCUGCUAGUAUGGAAGUGCACACCAAGUUUUAUCAAAAUGUGGUUGCUUAUAUGGUUUUUAUUUGCAUGUGAAUAAUGGAAUUUGGAUUCUUGUAAGGGCUAACAAUGAAAUAAAGCAGUUUGCUUUGGA